AAUUAUUAAAAUAUAUCUAAAUAUAUUUUAAACGGCUUUUAAAGUUAAUGAAUUGUCGCCAUCGUUUUUAGGAACUUUCGUCGCUUUGCAAUACCAAUCUGUAAUAUUGGUUGCAUAUUUUGUCGGGUACGUUAACUAAUUAACACACUAUAUUUGAAAAUGUUAAAAAUCGAUCUCGUACAUCAUAUUUUUAUGUACUACGAUUAGAAAUGUUCGCAAUUUAAUAGUGAUUUUUUUAAUAAUGUCAUCCUUAUUAACCAUGCUUCUAUACAAGUGAAAAAUCAAACAACAAAAGUCGUUAGUUUUGCGAAUAUUAGUUUGAGUUAAGAUUGAAAAAAAUUAUGUCUAUUAAGUUUGACACACCUUUUCUAAGAAAUCACCCUUCUCAAGUUAUUUUUUCGAAAACUUACCAUUUUUCUUUUCAUAAAAAAUAUUAUUGCCAGUUUUUCUCCAAUACUUUCGUAUGCUAUUUGUAUUUUUUCUAAAAUAAUUUACCAACUUUGUUAGACGAUGUUCCACUCAAUAUCUACGGAGAAUUGUGGUUUCAACAAGAUGGGGGCUAUUAUGUCUUGCAAAAGGACUGUUUCAAAUAAAGUUGACCUAAGGAAAGAAUAAACAAAAAGAAUUAUUAAUUUAUUUAUUAUUACUUUUAUUGAAUUAUUUUCUUAAGCAUAUACUCAACUUAUUUGCCGUCGGCACUAAUACAAGCUCUGCAUCGCCGCAAAAAAUAUCUUUUUACUACUGGAGCAAAUCUCCUUGGAUUUAUUUCUUUUGCUGCUACAUAAAUAUUGUGAUGCAGUUCUGCAAGAUUUUUAAUCGGCUUUGAAUACUUUUCUUCUUUUAUAGAACCCCAAUAAAAAAUCAAGGGGAUUUAGGUGCGGAGAACGAGGAGGCCACAUAAUCGAACCAAGGCGUCCAUUUCAUCUUUCAGGUCAUUAUGUAUUCAAGUAAUCCCAUACAGGACGAACAUAAUGAGCUUGGCAACCAUCUGGUUGAAACAUUUCUCCGUAGAUGUCUGUUACCUCUUAACUAAGAGACAUGGAUUUUUUUUCUUGUUUUUACCAGAACAAGUAUUGUCAUACAAAAGAAAAGUUUAUUCAAGAAAAUAUAGAUGUAUUUGAAGGAUUGGGAACUUUCAAUGAUUUAUGUAAAAUAAAUUUAAAAGCAAAUAGUGUACCCGUUGCUAAACCAUGUAGACGUGUUCCGUUAAUUAUAAAGAAAAAGUUAUAUGAAAAACUGCAAAACUUAGAAAGACAAAAAAUAAUUGCUAAAGUAACUGAAGCUAGUGAGUGGGUUAAUCCUCUUAUAAUAGUUGAAAAACUUAAUAAAUCAUUAAGAUUAUGUUUAGAUCCGCACGAGUUAAAUAAAUGUGUAGAACGGGAGUUUUUUGAAAUGCCGAGCUUAGAAGAUCUGAUAUUAGUAGUAAACUGUAAAUAAAUGGUAAAACGGAAAAUGGUAAAAUAGUUAUUUACGAUACAAAUGCGGAAAGGCUCGCUUUUCACAUGAGCAUGCUAGUUUGCAGAACGAACGACCGAAGGGAGUGAGUUCUGCAUUUGCGUGCGAAUGCUGGAAAAAUUCUUUCCGCAUGAGUAUUGUACAAUAUUUUUUGUAACGAAUAAAACGUCCCUGCGUGACGAUAUGAGUUGCAUGUGGCGUUUUUGACAGGAAAAAAUCAACCGAAAUUCAAAACGUGAUUGAUUUUAUUGAUUGCAAAUUGAUUUUUAUAGAUUUUUUUAAAUAUUUUAAAACUGUGUUAUCUGCACACGAAUGUAUAAAACGUUCUUAUUAACCUUUUGUUAUAAACAUGCACAUUUGGUCAUUAAUUCAUUCCUUCCUGUUAGUUGCGGUAACAAAAAGCAUUUGUGCGGGAAAACGCGUUUCCCGCACGUCCUCUCUGUGCGGGAAAUAGGUAUCCCGAUGCUAUGAGUACAAAAAGUAUUUUUCAGUAUUAGAUUUUAAAGAUGGUUAUUACCAAAUCAAAUUAUGUAAUGAAUCUAGUAAACUUACGACCUUUUCCAUUCCAUUUGGCUCCUACAAGUUUCUGAGAUUGCCUUUUCUUUCCUUUUGGUCUAAAAAUAGCAGCCUGAAUAUUUUCAAAAAAUAAAUAACAAAAAUUUUUGAGAUAUUGAGAAUACAAUCAUUUAUUUUGAUGAUUUGUUGAUUGCAACAAAUACGUUACAAGAACAUGAUGAAACUUUAAGAAAGGUUAUACAGAGGGCAAGAGAAAAAGGUGUAAAAUUGAAUAAAGAAAAACUCCAAUUUAGAAAAGGUAGUAAAAUACAUGGGACAUAUUUUCAGUGCAGAGGGAAUGAGACUAGAUAGUGAGAAAGUGAAAGCUAUAAAUGAUUUAAACCACCUAAUGCUAAAAAAGAGUUGCAAAAGCUGUUAGGCUUAAUCAAUUAUGUAAGAAAAUUUAUUCCCAGAUUAGGAGAAAUAGCUAGUUCAUUGUGUCAACUACUUAAAAAGGAUGCAGAAUACCAAUGGUUGCAUGUACAUGAUAAGGCAUUACAAAAAAUUAAAGAUGAGAUUAAUAAAAACACUACUUUAAUGAAUUUUGAUGAUAAGAAACAAAUUGUUAUUCAAACAGAUGCAUCUGGAAAAUGGUAUUGGGUGUUGCUUGAUGCAGGAUGACAAGCCGGUGGCUUAUGCAUCUAGAGGACUUAAUGAUGUUGAAAAGAAAUAUGCAGUGAUAGAAAAAGAGUUAUUGGCAAUUUCACAAUUACAUUUACGGGAGGACAAUCAAAGUAAUCACUGAUCAUAAACCUAACGUUAGUGUAAUGAAUAAGGAGAUUUGUAAAAUAAACUCGCCUCGUUUACAACGAAUACGAUUAAAGUUGUUAAAAUAUGACAUUGAUAUCGAUUAUCUGCCUGGUAAAUACUUACACGUUGCAGAUUAUCUGUCACGAAAUUAUAGUAAUGAGAUUGGUGAAGUUGAUAAAGAUCUGUCGGAAAUGGUUCAUACAGUUGAAAGAUAUAUAAGAAUGAGCGAAUCGAGAAAAAUCGAAUUUAGACAUGAAACAAUGAAGGAUGAUACUUUAAAGGAAGUGAUCAGAAGUUAUUACCAUGGUUGGAAUAAAACUUAUAAUGGAGAAAUGAAAGUAUAUUUUCAAAUACAAAGUGACAUAGACGUGCAUAAUAGUGAGUUUACACAUGCAUGGAUUUAGUGGCGCCAAUAAAAACUGGCGCGCCAGUAAAAUUAAAUUGCAUGUGUAAACAUCAACUGGCAUGCAAGUUGAAACCAUGCAUGCAUGGAUUGGAAAAGGCUGCACCCUUCUGAAAUUACUGGCGCCAAUGAUGAGUCUAAAACAUGUACCCAUGGCAACAUAGGUGAGUGUCCAUAAAAAUACAAAUUUUUUUAAUGUCAAAUUUAGGUUGUUUCAUUGCAUUCAAAUUAAAUCCCAAUUACGUUAACACAAUCAACGAUAACGUAUAAUUAUCCACCUUAAACCUAGAAUAUAUCUAUUUUCCUUUCGGUUUAGGUUCUAAUUUGUGUAUAUAGUUGUAGUUUAUAUAAUAAAAUUUAUAUACGUAGUAUGGCUAAAAAAAGUGGUCGGCAGAACAAACAAUAAAAUUUAUUGAAAACUAUGAAUCUUAUCCGUGUUUAUGGGACGUACAUAGCAGUGCUUAUAAAAAGAUGGCCGAGAAAACGCGUAUCAGAAACUUUGCGAAUUAAUGGAUAUUGAAGGCUUGGAAAUUGCUGAAGUGCAAGCAAAAAUACGUUCCAUUAGAAAUGCGUAUGCUGUAGAAUUAGCGAAAAUUAAGAAAAGCCAACAUUCCGGAGCAGGUAUGGAUGAAUUAUACAAACCAAAAGUGCCAUGGUUUGCGGUAGCGGACAGAAUUUUGAAGCAUGUUGUACAAAUAAGAGAAACACAGGCACACAAAUUGAAAUUGAAUCAGAAUCACAACUGAAUAAUUUUCUAGAAAAUACGCAGUCGGCAACUAUCGAGAUACUGUCGUCUUCCCCGAAUGAGUCAUCCGUAGCCAGAAAACCAAUCGCACAAAAACUAACUUCGAACUUUGCAGUCCCAAAGAGAGUUCGAAAAAGGACAAGUAGCACCGAUCGGACUAUACAAGGGCUACAGGAAAUCGUACAGAAAUUAGAUAAAAAGCCUAAGAUAGAUGAGGACAAUGAGUUUGAUUGUUUUGGCAAGUCAGUGGCUUCUUCGUUGAAGAAGCUACCAGAAUCAGUUGCUUUGGAAUCAAUGGAGUCCAUACAAUCGUAUCUUGUACGUCGACGGUUGUCAAAUACCCAGUAUUCCGAGCAAAUAUCACGACCUUCUUUAUCUGCCUCAUCAAGUAGUUAUGAAUAUACUGCAAACCCAUGUUCAAAUUGUUCUUACGAUGACUUUAAUUUACGUUUCAAUCUUCAGCAAGAACAGCCCGAUCUGCUUUUACAGGCAAUAAAUACUUCAUCGUAUGACGACAAUAAUUAAGAAAUUUUUGUAUUUGUUAGCAUUAUUUAACCGAAAUUACAAAUGUUGGAUUUCUAUCUUUGUGUUUUAUUAUGUAUCUGCUUACCUUAAUAAAGUCUUUUAACGCAUCAUAAAUGGCUUGGCAAACUUCAGGGAUAAAAUUUGAAAUUGUGCAUUUUGGGACACGAUACAAAUAUUGCAAUGAAGCGAAAGAAUCUCCUGUUGCGAGAUAUCUUAAUGUUACUUCCAAUUUUAAUUGUGGUGUUAACGCAUCUCUCAUGUGGGUAUCCAUUCACAUGAUCACACAAUCCAGAAGAAUAUCAAAAUUUUGCUUCGUCUUUCGUAAAUGGUUUUUAUAGCUUGCAGAAUCUUCUGCUGCGAGUUCUGGUAAAAGUUUUGCAGAAGCACCCAAAGUAGGACCAAUCCAUGGUUUAACCCAGACACGACCUUUUCUUCGUUUCUUUUUCUGCAUUUCCUUUAUCUUUUUUUCCACUAAAAGUUUGGCUACUAUUUUGCAUGCUUCGUAAAGCUCAUUCAACAUAUUGCACUGUGUGCAAUACACUUUAAAAAUGAAACUGGCGUGUCACUUAUUUUUUACAUGUGCCACGCCAGUGGCACAUGUAAUGUAAACCUUUACUGGCGUGCAAGUAGAACUGGCGCCACUAAAUCCAUGGAUGUCUAAACUCACCUUAAUGGAAUGGUUUUUGUGGGAGAUAGAGUGGUCGUACCUAAAUCAUUAAGACAGGAAAUGUUAAAAAUUUUACAUGAAGGACAUUUUGGUAUAAACAACUGCGAGAGCUGGUCAAGUCUUAUUUUGGCCUGGUAUCGCUUAGUCACAUUAAACAAAUGAUCGAACGUGGCGCAGUUUGUGAGAAAUACAGAUACGCAAACAUGCGAGAACCUCUUAUACCACACGAAAUCCCAAACUUGCCUUUUCAAAAGAUUGGAUCUGACAUACUUCAAUAUGGUAAAAAGUCAUUUUUAGUUAUGAUUGAUUAUCUGACAAAGUGGUUAGAAAUUAUACCUCUCAACUCAAAACAGUGUUCGGACAUAAUAAAUGCUUUUAAGAAUGUGCUUGCAAUUCAUGGUGUGCCGGACAUUGUUGUGUCGGAUAACAUGCCCUACUCGUCCUUUGAAUGUAGAAAAUUCGCAAAAGAAUAUGAUUUUGAAUUUAAAACCAGCAGCCCGAGAUAUCCAAGAUCGAAUGGUUUGGCAGAACGCUUUGUUCAGACAGCUAAAAAUAUACUUCGUAAAACUAAAGAUCUAGAUGCUGCUUUGAUGGAAUAUCGAAACACACCAAUUACAGGGUUAAUGAGAUCUCCUGCUGAACUUUUGUUUUCUCGAAAGAUUAAAACGAAGUUACCCAUAGUAGAAAAAAUAAAUGAGGAAAUCAAGAGCUUUAGAAAUGAUUUAAGCAAGAAACAAGAAAUAAUGAAAAAAUUCUAUGACAAGGGAACACAACCAUUGAAAGACUUAAAUGUGGGAGAAAGGAUAGUUUAUAGAAAGAACAAGGAGUGGCAGCCAGCCGUAGUUAUAGGUAAACAUGAAAGUCCAAGAUCAUACUUAAUAAACACAGGACUGAAUGUACUAAAAAGAAAUCGUCAAGUCUUGAGAAAAUCAGUAACUGACAGACAACUACCUACAAAUAUAGAAGAGAGUACGAUUUCUCUUGCUCUUUCAAAGGACGUUGAUUCUAAUCAUGAUAAUAAUAAGUUAGGUGAUAAAGUAGAAAAUGCUAUUGUACCUUUAAUUACAAAUAAUGAACAACCAAUUGUCAAUUUAAAAACUAAGCCGUUCCGAAUAAUGCGAAAGCCGACUAAAUUUAACGAUUAUGACAUGUAUUAACUUGAUAGGAGAGGUGUCAUAAAGAUGUACGACAAGUUGCAUAAGUAUUGCAUGACAAGCAACUCGUGUGUGUACUAGCUGUAAAAGAUCUGUAGAGUUAAUAGUUAAUAAAGAUAUAUUUAUAAU